CCGCCCGGUGCAGUUCUUCGCCGAUAAACGGAUCUAGGCGUGUGAGGGAGGGGGAGGGAUACUCGGAGGUUAAUCGGAGGCGACGGAUGGGCAGCCGCCGGUCGGGCGCCGACGCAGCCGAGACCCCUCGCCGCGCCUUGGCCAUGCUCUCAUCCAAAGCCGUCGCGUGGCGCCGCAUCAUCGUCGUAUGCAACGGAGAGCCGCCGCGCUGAUUCGUCCCCGGCGGCUCGUCGUUCUGCAUCAUCGCCACCUGUGAUGUUUCCGAAGAGGCGGGGAAACAAAAAGCAGUUCUUCCUCGAGCUGCAAACGGAAAUCGUUCCGUCCCCUCGAGGCUUGUCCGAGUCUCUCUCGUUUUCGUUCUCCGGGUUGCAGCCGGAGGCGGAAAUCGAUCAGUUGUAUAUAUACGCCCGAGCGGUCACCACUCACCACCGAACCCGUAAGAUUCAGUGGAGAGCAGCCACGACGCCGACCGCCCCACUCCCGGCUAUUUUUCUCUGCCCUCUUCUUGGCUAAUCCGCACAAUGGUGAGUGACAGUUGUCCGAAGCAGGAAGACAAUGGAGAUGACAGGCUCAGCAACUUGCCUGAACACAUUUUGCUUACCAUCAUUGAUCGACUUGAUAUCCGCGAGGCCGCAAGAACCAGUGUCCUCUCUGGGCGGUGGCGGCACCUCCCUGCUAUGCUCUCUCGACUUGUGAUAAAUGUUUGGGACUUCUUAGACGCGUUCAAUUGCAACAAUGCUGAAAUUGUUCGGGGCAACGAAGCUGUGGUUAAAGUGACAAAGAGCAUCCUGGCACGCAGAGAUUUAAGCCGAAAUACCAUCCAGUUUCUGUGCAUGACGUUCUUCUUGAGAGAAGAUGAUCCAAUAUCCAUUGGGCAUGCUGUUGCUUACGCCAUGGCAACCCAGAAGGUUCAGAUAGCUGAGUUCACAAUUUUGACGGAGAGAGAUAAUAUAUUUUGCGACGAUGAUGAUCUGGUCAUCUACGGGCGACAACUCAUGCUGUUCUUUGAUGCAUGUCCAAAUGCAUUUGGUGGUCUCACACGCCUUAACCUAGAGAAUAUGAGAUUUGGUGAAUCAGACAUCCCUAACGUCCUCAACACUUGCAAACGUUUGAAUCAUCUACGACUGUUCCAUUGUGACUCAGGAAGUUGGACCGUGCUGCAAGUUGAGCACACGCAACUCAGUGAGCUCGCUAUUGUUAAUUGUUCAUUUGAAAGAGUUGAGCUCAACUCACUUCCGAAACUCACACGCAUCGUCUUUGAGGGUUGGAUCUCUUUUGAAGAUCCACUAUCUUUUGGUUAUGUCCCGUUGCUUGAUACUGUAAGCCUCACAAAUGUCAGUCUUAGUUGGCACAAGAUGAUCAAGUUAAGCAAGUUUCUUAGGCGUACUCCAUCUGUGAGACGCUUGAAGCUGGGAUUUAAUUCUGAAAAGCAGAUUUGGGUUCAACCAGAAUGUCUGACGGAAAGGCUGGCAUAUGUGUUCCACCAAUUAAGGUUUGUGAAUCUAAGUAAUAUGCCUGAGGGGUAUGAUCUCACCUGGACAUUGUUCAUACUUAAAGCCGCGCCGAACCUGAAGGAGCUGUACAUGAGUGUAUGGGAUCAUCUGUGUGAAAUGAAAACAGAUGCAAAGGAGAGGAAGUCACUCUCGUACAGUGAGAAUAAGGGUGCAGAAUGGGAACCAUCUGCAACUGCUUUCCAUCAUCAGAGUCUGGUCACGCUCGCCAUCUUCGGGUUCCGAGCUCGAGACUACAUGAUGAACUAUGUCAGGCGUGUCGUGGAAACAGCCGUCAAUCUAAAGGACGUGUUCUUGUAUGAUCGGUUGACGUGUGACAAGUGCCGCAGCAUCCCGUCGCGGUUUCCGCCUAAGUGGAAGCAGGACUGUGUGGAGAAGUUUAUCACAAAUGGGAUCAAGUCGUCUGCCAUAAUGCAAUUCCAGACCAUCGGCUAUUUAAGGCCUGAUCAUGUUGAUAAGCUGUGGUUCCUGUAGUGUUUUCAGGUUAGUUUAUGCUGCAGUUCCAUUCUUUGCCUGAAAAGAUAGCUGAACACUUUUGUGUUGUCAGUACUUGUCAAGGUUUUGCAUGAAAAGAGCUUCUUACGGGCAUGGGAUCAUUUGUGUAAAAUGGAAACAGAUACAAAGGAGAGGAAUUCACUCUCGUAUAGCGAGGAUAAAGGUGCACAGUGGAAAUCAUCUGCAACUGUUUCCAGCAUCACAGUCUGGCCACGCUCGUCAUCUUCGGGUUUCAAGCUCGAGACUACAUGAUGAACUACAUCAAGCGUGCCAUGCAAAUAUCGGUCAAUCUAGAGGAUGUGUUCUUGUAUGAUCGGUUGACAUGUGACAAGUGCUAUGGCAAGCUUCCGUCGCAGUUUCCGCCUAAGUGGCAGCAGGGCUGUGUGAAGAAGCUAAAUCACCAAGAGGAUCAACUCGUCGGACAUAAUUCACUUCCAUACAGCCGCUAAUUCAAGGGAUGAUCAUCUUGACAAAAUGUGGUUCCUGUAGUGUUUUCAGGUUAGUUUGUGUUGCAAUUCCUUUCUUCGCCUGAAACGUUAGCUGAAUUGUGUUGUCAGUACUUUUUUCCAACCGGGCUCACACACCUUUCCAUUAAUUGCUCAACGAAAAUAUUCAGUACGCAAAUCUUAGCUACAACUGAACCAACAGAAAAGGGGGCGGGAAAGUGGAGAAGCGAGCUGGGGCAUUAACAGGAAACCCGCUGCAGGUGCUCGCUGUCGAAACACUUACCACAGGGCAAAGACCUAUUAACACCACCAACUACGAGCAGUAGCACAGGCUGGGAUCUCAGAUCACAAAAAUCUUGCAAAGACUAUCUCAGCAGGCAUAUAGAACCAGAGCAUAGCAAUCAUCUUUCAUCCACGCUGAACACGAGCAGCAUCUUCAAUCAUGAGCCUGCCCCGAGAAGCAGAAUGAUCGGCCAGAGACGAGGCCACCUGAAUCACCCUCUGCACUCCAGCUUGAAAUGUGGCUCUAUCCUCCAUCUUCAGAAGCCCUGCCCAAUACAUCAUCAAGGAAGAAGCAGUGAAAACAGCUUUCAAGGGAGUAGGCACAACAUAGGACACAAUCAUAGGAGCUUGUUGAACGGGCAGCUGCAACGUUUCAUCUUGAGCAAGCCAUUUUGGCGUAGAUGCCUUGUUAGACUAUUUAUCUCUUCAGAUUAAGAGACUUGAAUCUGAGGGUUUGCAAUCCGAGUUUAAGCAUCAAUAGUGCACCUUGUUGCUUCCCACAAAACAUUUCCUCCCCUAUUCAUUUUUCUGUGAGGAAACAACAAUAUCACUGUCUUUCUGUGGAUCCUAAGUCCUAACGCUUAAGUCCAUUUGGAUGGUAAUUUGUUUAUUUAGGGUGCUUAAUUAUUAUUUUGAGGGUGGUGGAUGCUAAUUUGUGAGCACAGUAAUAGUAAAACAUGUCCUUUCACUGCA